AUGGCGGCAGCACGACCGACGACGGCCUCAGCCCUGCGGUACAUCAAUCAGGCCCAAGCGCAGCGAAUCGAUGAGGAGCUGAUGUCGACAUACGCCUUUUCGAUCGACCAGCUCAUGGAGCUUGCGGGCCUCAGCGUCGCUGCGGUUGUCGAGCACGAGUUCCAGCAGGCACGCGAGACGCCGGUGCUCGUCGUCGCCGGUCCUGGCAACAACGGCGGAGACGCCUUGGUAGCGGCUCGCCACCUCAAGCACUUUGGUUUUGCGCCAGAGAUCUUAUACCCAAAAACGCCCAAGAACCCACUCUAUAAGCGCCUGGUCCAACAGUGCCAAGACCUCGAUAUUCCAUUUCUGCAAGAUCUCUCCAAGGAAACCAUCGACGCGCGUUACGGGUGCGUCCUCGAUGGCAUCUUUGGCUUUAGCUUUCAGGGCGAGAUACGCGCACCAUUCGAUGACGUGAUCAAAACCCUCCGAUCGACGACAAAACCCAUCGUAUCGAUCGACAUUCCGUCGGGCUGGGACGUCGAGAAAGGAAACGUUUCGGGCUGCGGCUUGACACCUUCUGUGCUCAUCUCCCUCACAGCCCCCAAGCUCUGCGCACAGCUUCUCUCGCCAUCUACCACGACCCACUACGUUGGCGGUCGCUUUGUGCCACGAGUUCUUGCCGAAAAGUAUCUGCUUGCGAUGCCGAAGUAUGUUGGUGCUCAACAGUUCGCCCGCUGGGAGCCAUAAUUCGCCA